AUCGCGAAGGGGCUAGGCAAGCGAUGUUUUGGGUCGCGGUUAGUCAGUCGGCAGCUCGAUGCCGGUCGGUGUGGCUGUGUCGUGUGUAGCGUUCAAUAAUGGCCGGCAGGAUGCUAAAGUUCAUCCGAGGGAAGGGUCAGCAGCCCUCCGCCGAGAGACAGAAGCUCCAAAAUGAGCUGUUCGCCUUCCGCAAGACAGUACAACACGGCUUCCCACACAGAGCGUCCGCCCUGGCAUGGGACCCUCUGCUACGCCUCGCGGCCCUCGGCACCGCCAGCGGAGCCCUGAAGGUGUACGGGCGGCCAGGCGUGGAGCUGUACGGACAGCACACAAACCCCGACGCAGCCGUCACCGCCAUACACUUCAUACCUGGCACCGGCCGCUUAAUAUCCUUAUGCGACGACAACAGCCUCCACCUAUGGGAGAUCACAGAGAAAUCCCUAGUGGAGCUGAAGUCCCACCUGCUCGAAGGCAAGAACAAGAAAGUGUCGGCGCUAUGCGUCGAGUCUUCGGGGAAGAACGUGCUUCUCGGCACGGAGGGCGGGAACAUAUAUACUAUGGACUUGAAUACUUUCGUCAUCAACGAAGAUGUUAUAUAUCAGGAGGUUGUUAUGCAAAACUGUCCAGAAGACUUCAAAGUGAACCCAGGCGCAGUGGAAGCCGUUUGUGAACACCCAAAGACGCCAGCUCGGAUCCUGAUUGGCUACAGCAGAGGACUGGUGGUGCUGUGGGACAGAGCCAACUCUGCACCCACACAUACGUUCGUGUCCAACCAGCAGCUUGAGAGCUUGUGCUGGAAUGAUGACGGAGACCACUUCACAUCAUCUCACAACGACGGCUCAUACGUCACGUGGGAGGUCGGCGGCGGCGCCAGCGACCGACCACUGAAGGAACCCGUCACACCCUACGGACCCUACCCUUGCAAGGCCAUCAGCAAGAUACUUAACAGGACUAGUGUUACUGGGGAAGAGAUUACUAUAUAUGCAGGCGGCAUGCCCAGAGCGUCAUAUUCAGACAAAUACACGGUAACAGUACAGCAAGGCGAAAAACACGUCGCAUUCGAUUUCACUAGUCGGGUAAUAGACUUCUUCACAACGUCGGCGGUGCCGCCAGAUGGCGCGCCGCUACAAGAGCAGCGGCCCGACACUCCCGCGCAGCUCUUCGCGCAGACUGUCAACCAAGUUGCAGCUGCUUUGGUGGUGCUAGCAGAGGAAGAGUUGGUAGUCAUCGACCUAUGUGACUCCCGUUGGCGGCCGUUACGGUUACCGUACCUCGUGUCCAUCCACGCGUCCGCCGUAACGACAGCGCAGCUCGUCGACAACGUCGCUUCCAACGUGUACGACAACAUCGUGGCGGCCGGGCAACAGCAAACUGAGAACAUAUACUCCCCCGGAGCGUGGCCCAUCUCGGGCGGCGUGCUGUCGGGCGCCGACCCGCCCACGGAGCGGCAGGUGCUGCUGACCGGCCACGAGGACGGCUCCGUGCGCUUCUGGGACGUCACCGGCGUCGCCAUGACGCCGCUAUACAAAUACACCACCGCUCAGCUUUUCAGCGGUGAAGAAAUCGGCGAGACCAAUGACAGUCAAACAGACGAGGAGGAAUGGCCGCCCUUCAGGAGAGUGGGCACGUUCGACCCGUACAGCGACGACCCGCGGCUGGCUGUCAAACGGGUGAUCCUGUGCCCAUUAUCGGGCAUGUUGACUAUCGGCGGCGCGGCGGGACACAUCGUCAUCGCCAGUCUGAAAACAUCCUCCAACACCGCUGAAGUUAAGUCGGUGUCGGUGAACAUCGUGUCGGAUCGCGACGGGUUCGUGUGGAAGGGCCACGACCAGCUCACGCUCCGCGCCGGCACGCUCACAUUCCCGCAGGGUUACCAGGCGACGUCGGUGGUGCAGCUGUCGCCGCCGGCGGCGGUGACGGCGCUGGCGGCGCAGUGGGAGUGGGGCGUGGUGGCGGCGGGCACGGCGCACGGGCUGUGCGCGCUCGACGCCGUGCAGGCGCGCCAGCUCGCCGUCAAGUGCACGCUCAACCCGCACGACCACUCGGGCGCAGGCGACACGCCCAUCUCCCGCCGCAAGUCAUUCAAGAAGUCGCUGCGAGAAUCCUUCCGGCGACUCCGCAAGGGCCGCUCCCAGCGCCGCGCCACCACCGCCACCAGCCCCGCCUCUCCCGCGCAGCCCGCGAAAAAACCGAUACCCUCGCCAGUAGAAGAAGCAGACGUGAAACCAGUGGAGCGGGCAGUCGAAGCGAGAUCCAACGACGACGGCUUUGGAUCCAUGGUGCGGUGUCUAUACUUCGCACGGACGUUCCUCAUCAAUACACAAAGCUCGACACCCACGCUCUGGGCCGGCACCAACAACGGCACCGUGUACGCCUUCACGCUCAGCAUCCCAAACACCAACAAAAGGAAAGAAGAACAGGUGACGUGCACGCUGGCGAAAGAGAUCCAGCUGAAGCACCGCGCGCCCGUCAUAGGCAUCACGGUGCUCGACGGCGCCGCCGUGCCGCUGCCCGAUCCUUUAGAGGUGGAGCGAGGCGUGGCAUCCCUGCCGGAGCCGGGCACGCACCGCGUGUGCAUCACGUCGGAGGAGCAGUUCAAGGUGUUCACGCUGCCGUCGCUCAAGCCGCACCACAAGUACAAGCUCACGGCGCACGAGGGCGCUAGGGUGCGGCGGACGGCGUUCGCGUGGUUCGAGUGCGCCGGGGCGGGCGGGGCGGCGCACCGCGAGUGGUGCCUGCUGUGCCUCACCAACCUCGGCGACUGCCUCGUGCUCAGCCCCGAGCUGCGCCGCCAGCUCAACGCCGCCGCCGUCCGCAAGGAGGACAUCAACGGCAUUUCAAGCCUGUGCUUCUCGAAGCGAGGCGAAGCUCUCUACCUGCACUCCUCGUCGGAGCUCCAGCGGAUCACACUCUCCGCCACUAAGGUGACGAUAGCGCACUGCCAAGUGCUGCUGGCGCCCUGGGCGGUGGAGCUGCGCGGGCCUGCCGAGGAGGCCCCGCUAACCAACGGGGAACACAGGGAAGAGGCAGUGGAAGCACCUCACGACGUGACGGCCGCGUCGGCCGACAUCACCGUGGACUCCGUGCGCGACCACACCGCGCAGCCCGAGCCUGAACUCAACAUUAACCUGCAGAACUCGCAAGUGAACACCAGCUCGAUGGUGGUGAAGACCUCGACGCGGACGGCGGUGAACGAGAACAGCGCGGAGAACGGCACCGCCACCACCACCACCACUACCACCGUCACGGAGAACAUCCUAGAACACAAUCGCGAGGAAGGAGUCAUCACCCGUAUCGAGACGGGCACCGUGACCGUCCCGGCCGGGACUGACCCCAAACUGAUCCUCGAGAUGUUCGACCGCCAGCGCGAGCCGCUCGCCGUGCCCGUCGCGCCCGCCGGCGCCGACACCAACUAGGAAUCAUCGAUGAAAAAUAUACCGACAUCGAUAAAAAUCGAAUUAAGACCAACCCUAGCGUUUACAAGUUAGAUGGAUACCAGCCGUGUGGAUCGUUGCUUGUUCGACAGACGAUUCAAUUCGUAUUCCGGGUCGAUGUUUUCGUGAAAUGGAUUAGUGAGAGAGAAUAUUAAUUAAAUGUAACUGCGGGUUUUAGAGCGUUGAGUUAUAAUUACUAUAGAGAAGCCAUACCAAACGAUGAACUGUUGCAGUCGCAACCUGUACCACGCGGCUAAAACGUCGUAAGCGCCGGGAAAUUCGUGGCGCUUAUGCGUUUAGGUCGCGAGAUUCACGCUCCGCUUCCAUAGUUUGCCGAAAUCAACUUAUGGCGCAAAAUACUGGUUCGCUAUGCCGGCUCUAUAUAUAGUAAGAAUAGUUCAGUGUUAUAAAUGAAAGUGAUGUGUUAAGACCCAUUGUUACAAUAUGAUCUUUUGUAAUAUAACCAAACUCAUGUCAACAAGUGGAAAGAGUAAGAAGUAGACCUUAAGGCAUUGAAAUAAUAUCUUCAAUCAUCAGUGUAUUUAAUUAUUUAUGAUGUUCUUAAAAAAAUACGUAAUACAUAUUAAAUAACAUAGCCAUAUUUUUCAUUUCCAAAUACAUAUAUUGGUUAUAUUAUAAAAUAUCAAUUACAAUAUUACUUAUGGUAUUUUAAAUAGCUUCUACCAUUUUAAAAUGGUUCGAGGCGAUCGAGCAUUAUAAUUUUACUUAUACUUUUGGCUUCAAAUAUAAUUAUAACAAAAAUAAGAGAAGCAACUUCUAAUUUGUUUAUAUAUUUCCUCAAAGUAAAGAUAGUUAUAAUAUUCAUUGUUUUGAAACGUAUUUAUAAUUAUUUCGAGUUUUAACCUUUUUAAAGGCAAGCCCGACAAGUCUAAAGACUCCUUAAAGCGAAUGCCUAUAUUUUAAUUUAAUUGUUUUCUAGCAAUAUUCAUUAUUAAAUUAAUAAUUUGUAUUACAUGUUUCAAAGUUUGUGUCUUAAUUUUUCUGUUUUUCAACAUAAAUAAUAAUUCGACUAAUUGCUACUCUUACUGCCAUUGUAUUCCCUUUUUCUGAAAUUAUUUCCUACCGAUAUUUAGAACCUUAAUGUUAAGAAUUUCCGCAUUUUAUUAUUAUUCAAAGUUUCAACUAGUUGUAUAUUAUUGUUUUGUAUAUUAUCGGUAGUAUUAUUUGACGCAAUGUAUAGAUAAAACUUUGCCUGUGUGUUUCUUGUUAAGCUUUCGGUGUAUUUUUUGUUGAAACCGGCAUUUACGUGUACUUUUAAUUCCGAAAUACACUCAAACUUGUACUUAACAUUGUAUGAAACCUCAGACAGGUUACUUAUGGAUUUACCCUCAAUAUACACCGUUUGGACGUUUAUUUGCAGUGGCGUAGCUAGACGUGGGCGAAGCGCCCCGUCCCAACGGCC